GGCUCAGAUGGUGACUGCUCAUCAAUCAGCCGCGAUAGUCGGUAAUGGUGGUGGUGGUGGUGCCUACGACAGAGAGUCUUGUGCCCGUCCUCUAUCACUCACUUAUCGGCUGCCCCGAUAGCAUCUCCGUCAUCCGCGUCCUUAUCGCCGCCGACUCCCUUCGCUACCCCAUCUGCUGCCUCGCACCCUCUCUAUUCUUCUUCGUCACUCAUCCUCUGUUCAUUUUCACCACCUCGUCUCUCCAAAUAUCUGGAUACUAUAUUGUUAUUAUUAUUACAUGUAAGCAGUGCGCCACGGCCACGCUCGGCAAGACUGGACCCUUGCAGGCCUGAUGUUGCCUGCUCGAUCCCCUUGGACCCAUCCAUCCAAUCCCGCCUCAGCAAUAACGUAAAAGCAACCGAACAACACGCCCGGCGAAACGUCACAAAACGCCUAGCCGUACCUGAAGUCACCAAAGGGCUAGUCACGGGGAAAUCCCCCUAGUGUCUACCUGUCAAUCAUGAUGUACUCGCCGCGGUCCUACCCUUACCUCCACCCUUCUCCGCCCUCGCCGCGCAGCAGAACGUCUGAGAAGAUGGGCACACGAGCUUCGAGGAAUAGCCCCAUUCCGCGCUCUGUCAAACCUAUCGAACCACCAACGCCAACUAUCAACAACACCCAGUCUACGUCCAACUCGGAACCUAGGCCGGAACAGCCACCUACGACCAUGCUCGCUCAUUCACAACCCGUUGUCAUUCCGCCUCGGAUGCCCUUGCAUUCAGCCACGUCCACACAAUCAGUGAGAGCAAGAGGCCACAAUGGUGGCAGGCCGACACGCUCGUCGAAAAGUCACGACCCGAAUGCGAUUCCACCGGCCGUCGCUGCUCUGCUCGCUGUUACCGCGAUUCCGAAGAUGCCGUCCCGACGACGCAAGCAUUCCACAAGAGACAGGAGGAUAUCCAUGGACGAGUUGAUUCAGGAGUGGAAACAGGACGACUCGGACGUUCCACCUUCACUUGUGGGUUCGCCUUUGGAUGUCCUACUGGGUCGCGUGGACGAGUCGGACGACGAGUAUGGCAGCCUGGCGAGCAUGGAGCAAGAGAAGGAGUCUUUUGUGACAUCUCGGUCCAUCUCGAGCGACUCCAUUACUACUAUACCGCCGUCUCUGGACUUUGAUGACCCUUCAUUUUCCUCUCACUGGGAUAAUCUCAGCACACCGGACUCGCUUAGCCGAAAGUCGUUGGCGGAGCGCAAAGAGAAGGCUGUUUCGUCCCCACCAAAGGAAGAUUGUGUCCUGGAUCAUCCACUGCUUCACUUUGGGCCGGAAGAAUAUGACGAAGUCAUUGCGACAAAUAUUACCGAGGGUCUUACUUCGGCCACUUCCUCAAACGAACGGUUCAAGUCAUUCAAGUCCAACUUGACCGCAUCCCUCCAAGCACUCAAAUCGGCCGCCAAAUCAUUUUCAAACUUCACUGCACCUAGUGUCCCGCCCGAUGAUUUCCUUACCCGGUCGUUGCUGUCACCACGGUUUACCAGCGAAAUGCGUCCUAAGCAUCUUGAAGGCCUACCGUCCCCCGAACUCCGACGAUACCUAAACCCACAACCAUCCCCAAUCUCGCCAACCGAACUAUCAAUGCACCUUCACGAUUCCCUCACCCUCGACGCUGACGACGACACUCAAGCCCCCAUGAUCCAAAUGCAAACCUACGAACGCCGCGGGCGCUCCCAAAAAUCCCGUCGCUCUCGCACAUCCGAUCCCCUUUCUGAAGCCGGCAGAGCUUUGUCCAACGAGCCCACUGUCCGCCAGCGCGAACCGAGAGAGAACAGCGAUUUUCUAAGGGUCAUUGUCUUGGAGAUGAACAUGCGCCGGAUCGGCAAGCUCGAUGGCAAGGCUGUAGGCAAAGCCAGGAUCUGGCUGCCGCCAAGGAAAUUGGGCACCAGCAAAGCACCUGCCACUGACGGUAUGCGGAAUUCGCUGUGCGUGGAGCGGGGCGGGGUUGCAUCAACUUCGCUUCUCUGUCAUUGCCAACCAUCGCUGGCUUGA